UUAGAUUAUUAUUUUCUCAUAUUUCUUAUGUUCAUACCAAGUUUUUUUUGUCUCAUAUCUCUAGCUUGUAAUUUUGCUUCUCCAUGAUUUGUCAUUUGAAGAAUUUUGUUUAAUUCAAAGCAAUGCUUCUAAUUCUCAUUGAACUUCAUGAGAAAUGCAUUGGACAUCCGCUUGGUGGCAAACCGGUAUGCCGAAAAAUUGCAACUUUGUUCUCCACAGGAUCCGGCAUCAUUCUCACUUGCUCGGGCGGUCCAUGCCCAUAUGAUUGCUUCCGGUUUCAAGCCUCGUGGACAUUUCCUUAACCGUUUGCUGGAAAUGUACUGUAAAUCGUCGAAUCUUGUGUAUGCACGCCAACUGUUUGACGAAAUUCCCAACCCAGGUGCUAUAACAAGGACUACGUUGAUUACGGCUUAUUGUGCUUUGGGGAAUCUGGAACUGGGUCGAGAAGUAUUUAAUGGAACUCCGUUGUAUAUGAGGGAUAGUGUUUUCUAUAAUGCAAUGAUCACUGGUUAUUCGCAUAACGGUGAUGGUCAUUCUGCUCUUGAACUGUUUCGUGCUAUGAGACGAGAUGACUUCCGGCCUGAUGACUUUACAUUUACAAGCGUUCUCAGUGCUUUAGUGCUUGUUGUUGACAAUGAGCAACAAUGCGGUCAGAUGCAUUGUGCAGUGGUGAAAACUGGAAUGGGGUGUGUUUCUUCCUCAGUGUUGAAUGCUCUUCUGUCUGUUUAUGUCAAGCGUGCGUCAGAAUUAGGCAUAUCAUGUUCGGCAAUGGUUUCGGCAAGGAAAUUGUUUGAGGAAAUGCCUAAGAGAGACGAGUUAACGUGGACCACGAUGAUUACUGGGUAUGUGAGGAAUGAUGAUCUAAAUGGGGCACGUGAAGUUUUUGAUGCAAUGGUUGAAAAGCUUGGGGCAGCAUGGAAUGCCAUGAUAUCUGGAUAUGUGCACUGUGGCUGUUUUCAGGAAGCAUUGAUAUUGUGUAGAAAAAUGUGUUUUCUCGGAAUUCAGUACGACGAUAUCACCUAUACGACCAUAAUCAGUGCUUGUGCCAAUGUUGGAUUCUUUCAAAUGGGGAAACAGGUGCAUGCUUACAUUCUUAAAAAUGAGCUGAACCCCAAUCGUAGCUUUUGCCUGUCUGUCAGUAAUGCACUGAUUACUUUGUAUUGUAAAAAUAAUAAAGUUGAUGAUGCACGGAAGAUUUUUUAUUCGAUGCCAGUUAGAAGUAUCAUUACUUGGAAUGCAAUCUUAUCGGGGUAUGUGAAUGCAGGGCGUACGGAGGAAGCAAAGUCUUUCUUUGAAGAAAUGCCAGAGAAAAACCUUCUUACAUUGACUGUGAUGAUUUCAGGACUGGCACAAAAUGGUUUUGGAGAUGAGGGUUUGAAGUUAUUUAAGCAAAUGAGGUUGAAUGGUUUUAAACCUUGUGAUUUUGCAUUUGCGGGAGCACUUACAGCUUGUUCUGUGCUUGGAGCAUUGGAGAAUGGUCGCCAGCUCCAUGCUCAACUUGUUCACCUGGGCUAUGAGUCAAGCCUUUCUGUUGGCAAUGCAAUGAUCUCAAUGUAUGCAAGAUGUGGAGUGGUUGAGGCUGCAGAGUCAGUGUUCGUCACUAUGCCUUCUGUAGACUUGGUUUCAUGGAAUUCAAUGAUUGCAGCACUGGGACAACAUGGGCAUGGUGUAAAAGCAAUCGAACUUUUUGAUCAAAUGUUGAAAGAGGGUGUAUUCCCUGAUAGAAUAACAUUUCUUACCGUUCUUACUGCAUGUAGCCACGCAGGGUUGGUUGAGGAGGGACGCCAUUAUUUUAAUUCAAUGUUGGAAAGUUAUGGUAUCACCCCUGGUGAAGAUCAUUAUGCUCGAAUGGUUGAUUUGUUUUGUCGAGCUGGGAUGUUCUCGUAUGCAAGGAAUGUCAUCGACACUAUGCCUUCUAAACCUGGUGCGCCAGUUUGGGAGGCUCUUCUUGCCGGUUGCCGGAUUCAUGGGAACGUGGAUUUAGGAAUAGAGGCUGCCGAACAACUUUUUCAGCUAAUGCCGCAACACGACGGAGCCUAUGUGCUUCUGUCGAACAUGUAUGCUGAUGUGGGUCGGUGGAACGACGUUGCUAAGGUGCGAAAAUUGAUGAGGGACCAAGCAGUCCGAAAGGAGCCUGCUUGCAGUUGGAUUGAGGUUGAGAACAAGGUUCAUGUGUUCAUGGUCGAUGAUGAUGUGCACCCUGAGGUGUUAUCUGUCUACCGUUACUUGGAGCAGCUGGGCCUUGAAAUGAAGAAAUUAGGAUAUAUCCCAGACACUAAAUUUGUGUUGCAUGAUAUGGAAUAUGAACAAAAGGAACAUGCCUUGUCUACUCACAGUGAGAAGCUCGCUGUUGGGUUUGGGAUAAUGAAGCUUCCUCCAGGUGCAACAGUCAGGGUUUUCAAGAACAUCAGGAUCUGUGGGGAUUGCCAUAAUGCAUUCAAGUUCAUGUCUAAAGUGGCUAGUAGGGAGAUAAUAGUGAGGGAUAGAAAGAGGUUUCACCAUUUUAAGAAUGGUGAAUGUUCGUGUCGUGAUUACUGGUGAUUCUCCAAAAUGGUCAUAAUACCACCUAAAACACGCAAGGAGAUCAUCUGUGAAAUUGGGCACCAAGUCGGUGGAUUUGCAAGGGGAGUUGAAUGAAUUAAAAGGACAGAUGAAAUGAAACCCCUGAGGAGCCGUUGCUGGUUGCUGCAUAUUGCAGUCAUGCUGAGGUGUACUGGGCUUCGGAGAGUCAAUUUAGCACAUUUGAAGUUAUUCAAUGUCACUCCAAACUCACUAGCGCACCGCUCCCAUUUUUUGUUGUUGUGCUCUUGUUUGGUGCACAUCUGUGGAGUCCUUCCAUCUAAGUGAAAGGGAUGUUCAUCAACUGGAGAGGGAUGAGGAUCAAAAAGAGUUGUUGAUUGAGAAUCUAUUGGAAGGUUCCACCAGAAAAAGUUUGGGAUGAAAUUUUUUGGGGCUCGACUCUAGUUUACCCUAUCAGCUUCACAUUAUCACCGUAUGAAAUGCUUGAAAUUUCAAAUAAUUUGAAGAGGGGACGAGUCUCGAUUGAGUCAGCGUUAAUGAAAAAAUGACAAAAGAAAAGAA